UAUUUGCGCGUUAUCAUUCUAGCAUGUCGGUGGCAUAUUUGUAUAUAGAAUUGCGAGCUCUCUGGAACUAACUGCUGGUAUCAAAGUUUCAGUUGUUGGUGGAAGUUGAUGAAGUCGGAUCCCUGGAAUUAUUCGCUCUCUGCAGUUUAUUGAUCCGCCUAUUCAAUGCGUGUUCCUUCAUUCUUUUCGAACAAGCGGCUUCAUUAAACAACGCCGGUGGACGAACCAUAAACUGUUCUUGGUUUUCUUGGAAGUGAAUACGAUUGGUAAUAUCGAUUAAUUAAGGACCUUGGACAGUAAGUUGACGGAUUAAUUUCUGUCGGUUGACUCCGCCAGCAUGAAUACAUUCAGUUCAGACCAAAUGCUGCUUCCCAGCAUCACAAACCUCCUUGAUGCUGACGUCAAGAACGUUGCCUCCAUCCACCAAUCACUGCUCAGCGACGACGAUCUUGCACCCGGCACCAAUCCAGGUCACCGCCCAGUCAGCUGCAACAAGCCCGUGCCCAAGAUGCUGACCCCGCCCGACAGCCCCGUCUUCUCAGAGCUGACCACGCCCCCGAAUCUACUCCGGAUGACGUCACAAGAUGGAUCGCAGAUGGUGAUACCGAAUUUCGGAUUGGUGUCCAACGCGCUCGACAUGCUAGACUCGAAUUUUUCUCAUCCUUUCGAGAGCCUGGACUCGUUAAAUCACAUCACCGAAUUGGAGCACCUCCAUGCGAGGGACAUCAUGAGCAGCACGUCGACAAGUUCAGAUGACAUGUUUGAUGAUAAUGACAGUGGUUCAGACUGGCCUGGUAUUUAUAUCGAUGAUAAUGACGACUCCAUUGUUCCCAGUCCUACCCCGUCUCAUCCUUUCGAUGCUCCCUAUUUCUAUGAAUCGCCCGACCUUACUACCAUUGACAGUCUACUAGUCUACCAGGAACCAGCGAAACUUGAACGAAGAAAAUACAACUCCAUUUGUACUGAAGAAUCCAUGCAAUCUGAUAGUGGUAGUGAAAGCGGGAGCUGCCCCUCCCUGGCCACACCAGCAAGGCCUUUCUUCAGUCACCACAGUUCCAGCAAAUCAAAAUCAGCAGUGAGCAGGACGCACAACUACCAGAGGCGAACCAUCACGAAAAGCUUGGAGGAGCUCAGGGAAGAAGGGACAAAGCCUGUCAAGGGAUCACCAUCAUCGCCGUCAUCGUCAUCGUCCAGUGCGAACAUUGAGAGGAGAAAGCGAGGUCGUCCAAGGAAGAGGCUUUCGGGUGAGCUCGGGGAGCUGGAAAGGGGAGUCGGAAGACGAAAGCAAAGCAGGAAAGCAGUGAAAGGAAGCCAUCUCUGGGAGUUCAUCCUUGGGAUCCUGAAGAACGAGGAUUACUGUCCCCAGUACAUACGGUGGGAGGACAAGGAGAAGGGGGUCUUCCGAAUCGUGAACUCGAAGGUGGUGGCCAACAUGUGGGGCGACAUUAAGAAUAACCCGAGAAUGACGUAUGAAAAGCUGAGCAGGGCUAUGAGGUAUUACUACAAGAGGGAGAUCUUAGAACGGGUCGACAAGGCAAGGCUCGUUUACAAAUUUGGCGCCAAAGCGGAAGGGUGGAGGAAAGUGAUUGCGGAUGAGUGAACGACCCGGAACCAGGACAACCACUUCCGGGUCACCCCGCUUACGUUGACGACGAUGUUACGAAUGCGUCGCCUGUUUUAGAGGUUGAAUUGAACAUCGCGAUCAUUUUUGAAACCUUGAUUUACCAUUCUGAACUAUCUAAGAAGAGGGGUUUUUAGAGACAUUGUGAAGUAAGGUGCUAGAAGGAGCAGAUCCCAGAACUUCAAAACAAGGACUAAAUCAUUUUGUUCAAGUAUGAACCUACACGGUUAAAGGAAAAUGUCAUCGCUCUUCCAAGCUUAUUCUGUGAAUAUGGACCUCUCAAUCGCAACUUUCUGAGGAAUCAGAACGAAAGUGGAAACACGCCAUGUAUCCAACAUUUUUUUUUCACUAAAAUUACCUCACUAGUCCACUGGAAAAGUGCAGGACGGACGGAAAUGUUCAAAAUUAUUAAAUUGGAUCAUCAAAUCACCCCAUUGUAUAUAUAAAACUUCAGUAAGUAGUAUUCCAACAAAUCAUUCAGAAAAUGGAAAAAGAAAAUGAAAUAAAGAUGAAUUCGAACUGGCAAUUCAUAACAGUGUGGUGUAAUGGAGCCUCGCACGAAACUUUCAAUCAAUUUCAAUUCCACCCUCCCCCCCCCCACCAACCAUAUCUCUUGCGAUCGAUUCGCAUUGGGUUGCUGCUGACCGAUUUCUUGCAGCCGUAAGUGCCUAAAACUGAUUAGCUUCAACUGAAACUGAUCUGCCAUGCAGUUUGCAAUUGAUUGCAAUUAUAUUCUGUCAACACUACAUUAGUUAACUUUUAUACUAUAUUUUUUUUCAUUUUCCCUACAAUGACCUCAUAUUUUGAAAAUAAAUGAUAUUUACAUUCAUCUGAACUUCGUACAGGCUUAAAUCGUCGUACGGGAUUGCUAUACCUACUAAGGUUGCUCUAGGUUCAUGCAGUAACGAGAUGCGAUGUGUGUAUAUACUAUCAUACAUGUCAUACUUUGCUUUGAAGUUGUAAAUAAUAUUAUCAUUGCAAUGUAAAAUUGUAAAUAUAUAUAAAUAUAUACUUUUAGAAUGAUGAAUUCGAAGCAGUCACUAUGCUAAUGUCCAUAAACACAGCACUAUUUUGUACACACUCUGAACUUGUACAGAAUGUAGAGGAUGUAUUAGUACUUCAGGGGGCGUCUUUCACAAAGAUUUAAAUACGACAAACAAUUGCACUUAAAAUGCCAAUUUGACCAGAAUGGGACCAUGCGUUCAAGCGUUCAAUACAGUAUCCUGUGCGCGUUGGCACUUAAUAAUGACUUUUGAUCAGACUUAAAUCUUUGUGAAAACACCUCCCAAAUUGUGUAGUUUGAAAAAACUAAGUACCUUUUUUUACAGUAACUAUGGUUACAACGAUGGGAUCUCACCCCUGUUUUCAUAUUUUAAACCCACACUAAAAAUUCUGGUAACAGCGCUAACAAAUUUUACAUUUCGAUUUGAAGUUGACAAGUACUGAGAUGAUUGUAAUGAUAUGUUUUAAUCAUUGUUACAAUAAAAUUGAUUUU